AUGAAACUUAUCAAACGCAAAGAGCGUGCAACACCUGUGACCAUGUCACCAAUGACCAAAUCAAGUUCAAUGGAAUUGUGUCAUCAAUUGCGUUUGCCACAGCAUGACGAUUUUCAAGUUCACACACGGACACAAUUUCCGACACAACAAGCACUUAAAAGACAAAAAUCCAGUACUUUAUCAAGUGCAAGUGUUGCUUUUUUCAACUCAAGUGCUGCUGGUCGUCGACAUUCUACUGGGAUGCUUCCUGGCUCAGAAGCUUUAAAUCUUGCGGCUGUUGUAGCUGCUGCUUCAUUACCAGGACGGAAAGGUACUGGUACACCUGCAGAGCAAGAAUUGGCACUUGAAAUGGAAGCUCGAACAAAUGCUGUUGCCACUGCAACAAACUCGCAUCAACAUUUUUUGUACUUGCAACAAUUAGCAAAAGCAAAACAUAUGACGCAACAAACUCCAUUUGCAACAAAUACUACUCGACGACGCAAAAGUGAACAACUUGGUACUGAAUUUGGUUUAAGUGGCAAAACACUUGCAACUUCUCAAAUGGAUGAAUUAAUGGCAUUUUCAACUGUACCCAAAAGUGAUGCUUCGAUGGUACAACCUGUCUCAUCAGCUUGUUUCUAUCAAGAUGCAGCUUUUCCAGUACAACAUGAGCAACGACAGCGUUCACGACCACAAAUGACUCGUCACGCUGAGUAUCGAAACUUUGGUACAAAAACCGAAUCAUGGGUUUCAACUUCUCAUAAUACUCCAAACACUGUGUACCAUUCUCAAACACCUGAGUCAUCAUUGUUGGUACACUCCAAAUUUAGUGACUUAAAUGCUAUGCCACAAUUGCAACGGCUUGGCAUGUCACAAGCACAAAUUUACCAGCAACACGAAGAACGAAACACAUGGUACCAGCAACAAGAACAAUCACGACACCAAGAAAAUCGGCACCAAGUACCACCACAACCACCAGCUCGUGAUUAUAUUGACAUGUUGCUUGAAAGUGCAGCUUUAGAUGAAAAUCUUUCACUUCAAUCAUCGACAUCAAUUUCGUCAGACGCGUGGAAUGAAUCAAAUUACGCGCAACAUUCAACACGUGCAACAAACAGUGCGCAAACUUUUUCUCAUCACUCAGAUCAACAUUCUCAAUUGGAAUUGCCACAUUCUUUCGAUUCACGAUUUUAA